AUGUACGCAGACACUCGGGUGUCAUCUAUCGAGGAAAGCGCUCUGGGUCAAUGCUACCGGCUUCCCAACGAAACGAUCAAGCAAGUCACUUGGAUCGAGCAGCCGCAAGGCUACGUCUGCGACUACUACCAGCGCGACUGCCAGGAUGGCAAUGUUUUGCGCACCCUUGAUACUCGGAAGGCGAAGUGGUCGUAUCCGACUGAGCCGGAGGUAGGCAUGCAGAUUGAAUACGCAAUGUGCAAGCACUCUUUUGACAAGCGCGAUGUUGCUGUGAUCAGCGAGGGCCCGGUCGUGAACUCGCCGUUGUCCGUCGUGGCUUCGUCGUUAGUCACUCUAGAUUCGCAAAUUCCUAAGCUUCCUGCUCUCGAACGGGGUCAGCUUCGCAUCGGUGAAGAUAUUGAUGAUAAACAGAUUCGCGCGGUAGUCAACGCUCUAAAUGGUUGCGUCAAUUUCCCCACGCGCCAGUACCCCAAUUCAACUCGCACGCUCGACCAAUCUGGUCUCACGAUCUGCAAGUAUUACGCUGAGACCGAGUGCGCUGAACCUCUUAUGCUCGAUUCUCUCAAUGACGAGGAGAAGGAUUGGAAGAUUCGCAGCGACUUUGCACAAAAGAUUAACUCGGCAAAGUGUACCAUCUUCGAAUCUGUCGCACCUGCAAUAUACGGGCCCGUGUUCCUGAGCCUACUCUCGAAUGGGGUGGUCAGCGCAUUGAACGACUGCGUCGACUUUCCUACACCCAUGUACCCCGAUUCAAUCCACUUCCUCGAGCAGUCCGGUCGCUCUGAAUGCUUAUUCUACAGCAAGUCCGCGUGUCCUGGUGCUCCCGUCCUCCAUACCCUGAAUCCAGAGGAGAAAGACUUGAAACAGCCUACCAAACUUGCGCAGCAAAUCAACUCAGCACAGUGUGCCGUCUUGGAGUCACUCGAGAUCCCACCCACGAGCAUCCAGACCCGCAGCGAACUUCUCCCCCAAGUCAAAGCAAAUGACAUCCAAGUGACAGUUGGCCACUCAGUCUCAGCACUGAGCACCUCAUCCCUCAAAGUCGCCGACCUGUAUAUUUGCAACGAGACCAAUCUUGACCCAGCACACUGCACCGUUCUACAUACUCUCAACCAAUGUGUAGCCUUCCCAGGACCUUUUGCCUACCAAACCAAGGUGAUCACGCAAGCCAAGGGUUCACUCUGCAAAUACUACACCAAGCCCGGCUGCAUGGACGGCGACUUAUACUUUAGCUACAUGUCGAACCCAACCCAAGAUGCACGGCUCAGCGGAUGGGGUGUAGAGAAGCUAGCCGGAGUAUGGUGUGGCGGCACCGGUGCCACCUCGACAGCCGACGUAAGCGCAGUCAACACACGCACCUCCAACGGUUCCUCCACUGUCGUUCCCUCUAACCUGGCGAAGCGCGGUAACCCAUUCUAUCACUGGUCCACUUCCCCUGGCUCCACAUCCAUCUGCCGCCAACGCAACUUCGCCUUCUGCACCAAUAACGCCGUCAACGCGCUGCACCAAUGCGUCAGCUUUGCUCCUGCAGACCAGGGCCCGGCGUCCAUGAUCCAGUAUGCUGGCGUGUAUUGUAAAUGGUAUGCUGAUUCUGGAUGCGCGAGUGGGGAGCAUAAGGCGUACGAUUUCCUUGAUUCGCGCAAGGGGGAUGCUUAUGCGGAUGGACUUUCUAGGCUUUAUCGGAGCGUCAAGUGUGAAAAGGAUGCCUGGUAG